UUCCGGUUGAGGCGGAAGAGAACCUAAUGGGGUUUGGGGAGGUGCUGGAAGAGAGACUGAGGGUGGGUUUGAGUUGGAUGAAGAAGGCGGGAAAUCUCCUUCUCUUCCAAUCAGCUCCCCAUCUCUCCCUCUGGCGGCUUCGGACGGCCGCCCGGCCGCCCGACUUAGUGUGACUACGGGCAUACUCCAAGGUGGUCACUGACCGCCCCCACGAGGGGACUGGAGGGGUUCCAGAUGGGCGAGGAGGGGACAAAGGGCACCGUACAUCUGCUUUGCCUUGCGGCCUCCAGCGGAGUCCCCUUAUUCUGCAGAAGCAGCCGCGGCGGCGCCCCCGCCCGCCAGCAGCUCCCGUUCUCUGUCAUCGGUUCCCUCAAUGGAGUGCACAUGUUUGGGCAGAAUCUCGAGGUGCAGCUGCGCUCUGCAAGGACGGAGGAUACGACCGUGGUGUGGAAAAGCUUCCAUGACAGCAUCACCCUCAUUGUUCUGUCAUCUGAGGAGGGCACCUCGGAGCUGAGGCUGGAGAGACUACUCCAGAUGGUGUUUGGCGCCAUGGUUCUUCUUGUAGGACUCGAAGAACUGACCAAUAUCCGCAACGUAGAGAGACUGAAGAAGGAGUUGAGGGCCAGUUACCGCCUCAUUGACAGUUUCCUGGGGGACUCUGAGCUCAUCGGGGACCUGACCCAGUGUGUGGACUGCGUGGUUCCUCCCGAGGGGUCUCUCCUGCAGGAAGCCCUCUCUGGGUUCGCCGAAGCGGCGGGCACGGCCUUUGGCAGCCUGGUCGUGUCGGGCCGGGUGGUGGCGGCAACAGAGAGCUGGUGGCGGCUGGGGACGCCGGAGGCCGUGCUGCUCCCCUGGCUGGUGGGGUCCCUGCCGCCUCAGGCCGCUCGAGACUACCCGGUGUACCUGCCGCACGGGAGUCCCACGGUCCCGCACCGGCUUCUGACCCUGACGCUGCUGCCGGGCUUGGAGCUGUGUCUGCUCUGCGGGCCGCGCCCUCCCCUCAGCCAGCUGGAUCCACAGCUUUUGGACCGCUGGUGGCAGCCAGUGCUAGACCCGCUGCGGGCCUGCGUGCCGCUGGGACCCCGAGCGCUGCCCGCUGGCUUCCCCCUGCACAUGGACAUCCUCGGGCUGCUGCUUCUCCACCUGGAACUGAAACGUUGCCUCUUCACGGUGGAGCCCUCUGCGGAUCAAGAGCCUUCUCCUGAGCACCGUCGGCGCCUCCUGCGCGCCUUCUACACCUUGGUCACCGCCUCACACUUCCCACCAGAGCCGGGGUCACCAGAGGAGAAGGUGGAGGAUGCGGCCCAGAGGAGCCAGGUGCCGAGAGCCUGCUACCUGGUGUCCGGGCCCGAGGAGCCAGGCACAGGAUGGCGGCUGGUGGCUCUGCAGUCGGGGCCCCGGCGGCUGCUACUGCUGUCCGCCCAGAGUCCCACCCACGCGCUGCGGGGCUUGGCCACCCACACUCUGCAUGCCCUCACCCCACUCCUCUGACCCCUGGCCGUGAGCCGGUCCCACACACACAGCUCUUAGCGUCUCUCUGUUUAUUCGCUCACAAUAAUACACAGCCCCUGGAUGGGGAGGGGGCAGGAGGGGCUACGGUGGGGUGGGGUGGGAGGGGAGGAGGCGCCCACUUCCCUGGCCCCUCUCCCCUCUGUGCUUAAGGGGGAAAGGGAGGGAGGGGGCUCCCCCUUACCCCCCAGAAUGUAAACAGCAGCAGAUGAACAAAAAUAAAAAUACAAAAGGC